GUGACGACUCCAAGAAAGAAACGCCCAAGUGUUCUUCUUCACUUCCUUUCUUUCAUGCGUUUUUUUCUCUCAUCAACGAGAUCUCUCUCAUUACAAUAUCUUCUGAUCUCUCGAGAGGGACAGCAAAACGCGAAGAGAAGCAGCCCUUACCCACCUCUCUUUUAUCUCUCUAGAAUAAUAUAUAUUUUCUCUCUCUAGAAAUAGGAGGAGGUAGGGGGCGAGGGAAAUGGGUGGUUUCCUGUGGUCAUCAUCAGCCUUCGAUUCGAAGUCUGGACAACUCAUUUUAGUGUCUCUAUUGGUAAUGACGGCGUCUUUCUACACGGGCACGUUCUUCGGCCGCAAUUCCUCCAUUUAUGCACCACAACUUCCCUCCAAUUCUUCAUCACUCUCAUCUUCAUCCCCUGGUAUUCCAAAAUUUACAAACAAAGUUGCCAUCUCUUAUAGGAAAUUACCUCUUACAAUCCCAGAAGUUGGGAUGAAUAUAUGCCCUUUGACAUUCAAUGAGUAUAUUCCCUGCCAUGAUGUUUCUUACAUGAAAGAGUUGAUGCCAAAGUUAGAUAUUUCCAAGAGAGAAGAACUGGAUAGACAUUGCCCUCCACUUGAGAGGCGCUUAUUUUGCUUAGUGCCUCCACCAGAUGACUAUAAGAUUCCAAUACGAUGGCCAACUAGUAGGGACUAUGUGUGGCGAAGCAAUGUGAAUCAUACACGUCUUGCUGAGGUAAAAGGAGGACAAAAUUGGGUGCAUGAGAAGAAUCAGUUGUGGUGGUUUCCAGGUGGUGGUACUCAUUUCAAGCAUGGGGCUCCUGAGUACAUUCAGAGGUUAGGGAAUAUGACGACAAAUGAAACAGGCAAUUUACGUUCUGCUGGGGUAUUUCAAGUUUUGGAUGUUGGUUGUGGGGUUGCCAGCUUUUCAGCUUAUCUACUUCCCUUAGAUAUACAAACAAUGUCGUUUGCUCCCAAAGAUGGUCAUGAAAACCAAAUUCAAUUUGCUUUGGAGCGAGGAAUUGGUGCUAUGAUUUCUGCUUUAGCCACAAAACAGCUGCCAUAUCCCAGUAGCUCAUUUGAUAUGGUUCACUGCUCAAGGUGUCGUGUUGAUUGGCACGAGAAUGAUGGUAUUCUACUAAAAGAGGUGAAUCGCCUCCUCCGGUAUAAUGGAUAUUUUGUCUAUUCAGCUCCACCUGCUUAUAGAAAAGAUAAAGAUUUUCCGAUGAUAUGGGAUAAGUUGACAAAUAUUACUUCUGGAAUGUGCUGGAAACUUAUUGCUCGGAAAGUUCAGACAGCGAUCUGGAUUAAGCAAGAAAAUCGGCCAUGCAUCCAGCAAAAUGCAGAGCAAAAGCUUGUAAAUAUAUGUGAUUCUGUGGAUGAUUCUAAACCAUCAUGGAAUACACUACUAAGGAACUGUAUAACGCUAAGUAAUGCAGGAUCUGAUUCUCGGAAACUCCCCCCAAGGCCACAGCGUCUCUCAGAAUAUUCAGAAACUCUCAAUCAUAUAGGUAUCAAUCAAGAGAAAUUUAUUUCAGAUACCAUCUUCUGGCAAGAUCAAGUUCGCCAUUACUGGAGGUUGAUGAAUGUUGACGAGAGAGAAAUACGAAAUGUCAUGGACAUGAAUGCUCUCUUUGGUGGAUUUGCAGUUGCUUUGAAUACAUGGCCUGUUUGGGUGAUGAAUGUAGUUCCAGUAAGCAUGAAUAAUACAUUGUCUGCUGUUUACAAUCGGGGUCUCGUAGGUGCUUUUCAUGACUGGUGUGAGCCAUUCUCAACAUAUCCACGGUCAUAUGAUCUGUUGCAUGCCAAUCAUCUUUUUUCUCAUUAUAGAAAGCGUGAAGAAAGUUGCUUACUUGAGGAUAUCCUUCUUGAGAUGGACCGUAUUAUUCGACCUCAGGGAUUUAUGAUUAUUAGAGAUGAUGCAUCCAUUAUAUCAAGAAUACAAGAUAUUGCUCCUAAAUUUCUUUGGGAGGUUCAAUCACAUUUACUGGAAAAUGAACAAAAGAAAACGGAACCAGUGCUAAUUUGCAGGAAGAAGUUUUGGGCAAUUGCCUAAGGUUACCAGCAUUCAGAGCUUUGCAAUGCAGGUUUUUUCAAUUUUUUAAUUUUUUAUGUCCACGCGUGAAUAGGUUGCUUGUAUCAUGAGGCUGCUGUAUUUGAUCUUCCAUUUUUUGGCCUGUAUUUGCAAAUGCUUAAUGGCCAUGUUAACCGAAGGAAGAUAGAAACUUAAUAGUUUGUUGGUUUUUAAUUAAUUUAUAGUAUAUGUUUAGAGAGGUUUUAGUUCAUGAAUUUGUGUACAAAAUGAUUGACCUGGGUUUAUUCCUCCUUCUUGAACAAACAGAAAUUUAGUAUGUUUCCUUUGAAAA